AUGCAGAGAAGCCAAUCCUUUUCAGAAAUUCAAUCAUUAAAUAAUUAAGUUAAAUUUGAGGAUUUCGUUUAACAAUCCCCAAAUUAGAUUGAAAAUCGAAUAAAGGAAUCUCAAUUCAUAUUUCAACAAAGCUUUGUAAAUUAAACAUAAGUAUGUCACACGCCUUUAGAAAAAUACAAAAAUUCUUCCUUAGGAAACACGGUAAUCAAAUAGGGAGUAUUCCAAAUUAAAAUAAAUACAGGAAGUUAUAAGAAAUCUACACUCUAAUUAACGAUAGAGAAAUUAGUAAUUUUGGAGGAUAAAUAAUGGAACUUGGUGUUUAAUUUAAAAUAUUUAGCAUUUAAUUUGAUUUAGGUAAUGUAUUGGUAAUAUUAAAAUAAGUGUAAUAAAAAUUCAUUAAGACUAAUUAAAAUUGAAUUUUGCAAACUGAAUAAAGUAAUCUUCCUGAAAUUUAAUGAUGAAAUCGAAGGGAAAUUAUGGUUUUAAUGUUUAAAGAUGAUAGAUGAAAAGUUCAGAUACAACUAUCGAAAAUUGAUUGUCAAAGAUAUGUAUUUUGGUGCAAAUUUUGUGACUGAAAAUGAAUUUCUUGAUUGGGCAGAAACAGGCGAUAUAUUGCUUUUUGAGUAUUAUUGACCUUUAUAUAAGAACUGAUCAUUAUUUGGCUAAGCUACAGAGAGCGAUCACAAGUUCUAAUUUUGAUCAUGUUGGAUUGAUAAUUAGAAAAUAGGAAUAUAAAGAAAUCAUAGUAGUUGAUGUUAAAAAUAAUAUUGUAAAAAAGAUAAAUUUAGAUUAGGGAGUCGACUUUGAAUUUUGGAAAUUCUUUAUCCAAAAAAAUACUCAUUUUAAAAAAAUCUGUUAUAGAAAGCUAUUGAAUAUUGAGAGAGGGUAUAUAGAUCAAAGAAUUUAAGAAUUUAUUGAUGUAUUAUGUUUAAUUUUAUAAAGAAAGUUUAUGGUUAGGAAUUUCAAUUGAACAUUAUGAAGUUGUUACAACAACAAAGUGACGGGUUGAUCAAUAAGGGGUAUUUUUGCAGUGAACUGAUUGCAAAAGCGUAUAAAUAUUGUCAACUCCUGCCUCAGCAAAAGGCUAGUUCUCAAUAUUGGCCAGUGACAUUUUCAAAAUAAUUAAAUUUAUUAAACAAAGCAGAACUGAGCCAACCUAUGAUGAUUUUAUUAGAUAAUGAUAUUAAUUAUUAAUUAUGA